AUGGCUGUAUCCAUAACGGCAAUAUCUCCAGAUAUUGAAAUUAAUGGAUUAAUCGAAGGAUUUUAUUGGUCGAAUUCGAACGCAGUUCAAGGUCAGGCCAAUUUCUAUUCGAAACAACAACGUGAUAAUUUGAUUUCACUAAUGGGUGAAGGUUUAAAUUAUUAUAUUUUUUGUCCACACGAAACUGGAAACGAUGCAUUUACAAUGACUCUAUGGAAUGCACAGCAAGUUAUAGAAUGGUCUGAUACUAUUUCUAAGGCUUCGCAUGUUUCAAUUGUUUUUGGCUUACGACCUCGAUGGAUUGAGAAUGUUCAAACAUCGUUGAAAACAAUUCAAUUGAAAUUAGAACAAUUAGCUUCAGUUGGAAUUCGUUACUAUAUUUUAUGUUGGGAUGAUUCACCUGGUGCUGGUACGAAUGAGCAAAUGAAAUUACAAAGAGAUCUCAUACAAGCCCUUGUGAAUCAAGUGACAAACAUUGAGCUAAUUGGUAUUAUUCCUGCUUAUUAUUCUCUAUCCCAAAUAUCUACCGCCACAAACAUCGAUUGGGGUAAACAACUUGCUAUUUUGAAUGAAAUUCCAAUGAACAUUCGAUUUUUCGUUACUGGAUCAGCAAUUAAUCCAUCGUCUAUUCAAACAUCCAAUAUUCCUUCUUUGACGAAUCGUCAAUUCAUUUUCUUUGAUAAUUGGAUAGCAGUUGAUUCAAAUUCUAGAGUGACUAUGACCUGGCCACCGAAUCGUGAUCCCAACAUCUACCAUGCUGCUGAAGCAAUUUCUGGUUCGGUGUUAAAUUUAGCAUUUCCACCAGAGAGAAUAAUUCAUCAGAUUUAUGCCUUGAAACAAAGAAUCAAUAAUCACUAUGCUAACAUAAAUGCAGAUUUAGCAGCUGAAUAUUGGGCAAACUAUCUGAUAGCAAAGAAUUUCUACGAUUACAAAUCCUUCAAACAGCUAAAAACAAAUUUGAAAGGAUUGAUCAACGAUGGCCUCGAAACAAAUAAAGAGAUUAUUCAACACUAUCCAUUUCUUAAGAGAAUAUUUACAAAUUAACAAACUUCUAUUUCUUACAAAUGAUCAAUUCAAUAAACAAAAACUUGCUUUUAUCGCACUUCCUAAGGAUCUGAGUGUGGUUGGUAAAGAGAAGAAUUAUACCUUCAUCGACACUUACAUUCACCAUCCUCAAAUGUAGAAAUGUUCUUCUUUUUUCACAGCAUUUCCCAUGUAAAAAACAAAAACGAUAAAAAAAAUUUGAUUUUAAUCGAUUAAUUACGUAUUGAAAAAUUGAUUAAAAUCAGAUUUUUUCCAUGUUUUUUUUUCCAUGGGUACCAUUGAAUCAAUUUUAAUCUAAUACUAUUUCUUGAUGGGUUAUAAUUUAUUCUUACUUUGGGGUGUGGG